AUGCCCGAGUCUACUUUGGCUGCCAAGCGCAGGUCGAUGGCACCAUCGGUCCAUCGCAAGCGCUUCUCUGUCUUCAGCAGCUUUGCAGUCCCUGGCUUCACCACCCUUCAAACCAUUCUCACCACCCCUCCGCCUCCCAACUCCAAGUCCCUCGGCGAGUUUGUCGAAGCCUCUCUUGGUGAUCUAAGCUUUCACACCAUGCUCGAUCUACUCUCCGACGAUCCCACCCCGGUCUUUGUCUCGCCGUCGCCUGGUGCCGACUCGGACGAAACGCUGAACGAGAGUACUGUCUCCACGCUAUCCCAUGCGUCCCUCAAAGCCUUUGUCGAGUCGUGGGACUUUGCCGAGUCAUUUGGCCUGCAUCCCAACGAUCGGGUUGCCGUCAUCCUGCCGGACGGCCCCACUCUGGGUGUCUGUCUUGUUACCGUCAUGGCCAGCUGCGCCGUGGUGCCCAUCAACUUCCAUCUGACCAACGAGGAGAUCUGCGCCGAGCUGGUGCGUCUCGGCGCCAAAUCUGUGAUCAUGACUGCCGCACGCGCAGAAGAUACAAAAUUCACAGACCAGCUCUACUGGAACAGAAUCAGCAUCCUCAUCCUCCGACCAGACCGUGUGCGCUGCGGGCUGUUCUCUCUGGCCAAAUUCGAUGCCGAUAGUUCAGACGAAGCGGAAACCCCCGUACGCAUCGACAUUUCUGAACACUACCCCCAGUCUGCUCCCAAGCGCAAAGUCCACCGCACCCAUCCCAACGACUGUGCCAUGAUUCUGGCCACAUCUGGUACCAGCGGCAAGAAAAAGACGGUCCCGUACACCCUCAAGACCCUCGUAAUCGGCGCCAUUUGCGUGGCGAAAUCCUGGGGCUUGACGAAAUUCGAUGUCAACCUCAACAUGAUGCCUCUCUACCAUGUCGGUGGCAUCGUCCGCAACCUCCUCGCUCCGGUCCUCAGCGGCGGAGCAGUUGUGUUGACCAAGGGCUUCGACACUGUCGUGUUCUGGGAUCUGAUCCAGACGAGCAGCGUCCACCCGACUUGGUACUAUGCCGUGCCGACGAUGCACCAGGCCAUCCUGCAAGAAGGACGCAGCCGCGGCGUCGAUCAGGAGGCCAUUGGCAUCCGCAUGAUCGCCAAUGCUGGUGGUGGCUUACUGCCGUCUCUUGCUGUGGAGCUGCGUGACUUUUUCAAAGGUGCAAUCGUUCUUCCCUCAUACGGCAUGACCGAGUGCAUGCCGAUUGCCACUCCACCGCAAGACUACACCCUGAACAGACCCGGUACCUCCGGCAUAUCCGUGGGUCCCGAGAUUUGCAUCAUGGACGACAGCCACCGAGCCUGUCUGACCGGAGUCAUCGGAAAUAUCAUGGUCCGUGGCCCUCCGCUGUUCAAAGGCUACGAGGGAGAUGAAAAGGCCAAUUCGUCGUCGUUCACAAAAGACGGUUUCUUCAACACGGGCGACCUCGGUUAUCUUGAUGCCGACGGAUACCUUUACGUGACCGGACGCUCCAAAGAGGUCAUCAACCGUGGAGGCGAAAUUGUCUCUCCUGCCGAAGUCGAGGACGCCGUCAUCAAGCACCCCAAGAUCGCCGAGACCAUCGCAUUUUCAGUGCCGCAUGACACUCUCCAGGAAACCAUCGGCAUGGUCAUUGUUUCUGCCAACCCCAACUCGAGAGUCGACCUUCCCGAGCUACAGAACUUUGUCUCCAAGUCUCUGCAUCCAUCCAAAUGGCCGCAGCUACUUGUGUAUAUGAAUCAGCUACCCAAAAACCAAAACAACAAGCCGCUCCGCAUCAACCUCGCCACCCGCUUUGAUCUCAAGGAGAUUAGUGACUCAAUUCCUCCCUCUCAGCGACUGUUUUCUGCCAUCGCACCGCCCACAUCGUCGUCCAUCAAGGAUCCGAUCGAGUGCACCGCGGUUCAUUCGUCUCCUGAUACCUCCGUGCGCGAGCUGCUUGCCCACCCGUUUGUUGCCGAGGCAACCACAAUCGUCAACGCCCGUGGCGAUCUCGUCAGCUAUGUCAAGUACCACUACACUCUGCGCGAUGGAGAUCCGCAAAAGCUGGCCCUGCUCGACGAGCUCCAGUCGUACCUCAAGUCGCAUCCGCGCGUCCACGCCUACGAUGUCCCCAAGAAGAUUCGUGAGGUUGCAGAGUUCCAGAAGCGGCGGACCGAGAGAGGAUGGGAGAUCGACACGGACAUUUUGGUCUCCCAGGAAAAGCUCGAAGGCAUCGAUAUGGACUCGCUCGAUCGCUUCCAGAGAGAGGUUUGCGAGAUCUUCAAGGAGGUGUUGGAGAUUGACGCCAUCUCGAGCGUCGACGACGACUUUUUCGAGCUGGGCGGGUCGUCUCUGAAGGCUGGCCGAGUCGUCGGACUGAUCAGGAAACACUUUGAUGUCAGCAUCCCGGCGAUGCUGCUCUUCCAGCAUCGAACCAUCGCAAGUCUUGCCGAAGUCGUGCGCCAAAAGUCCUCUGGCCAAGCGGAUCAGCCUGGCGGCAAGAAGAAGCGCAAGGGCGGCGAAGAAAAGCGUCCUCAAGGCCGGCCCUCGACCUCCUUCGCAGCACUGGCUCUCCAGCUCCUUCCCCUCACUGUCUUCCGGCCCUUGCAGAAGGCUUCCAUCUGGAUCACCUUUGCAUACUUCCUGAUGCUGCUGGACCUGAUCCUCGAUACGGUCCUGGGCCAGUACGGCGUCAAUACUCAGUCAAGUGUGAUGACGGAUCCAUCUGGCCAGCUGUUUGUCAGCGAGCCCGCAUGGAAACCCUACUCGCGGAUGACCAUCUUGGUCAUAGCGGUAGCCACUUCCCACGCUGUUUGGUGGAUCAUUUCUCCCUUUGCGGCCAUUGCAUUCAAGUGGAUUGUCAUUGGAAAGUACCAGCCUGGAAAAUAUCCUCUCUGGAGCUCAUACUAUCUCCGCUGGUGGCUUGUCGACCAAUUCACCCGCAUCUGUGGCCGUGGUUUCUUUGGAGCGAGCUCGGCCGGACUUGUGCGCUACUACCGUUGGAUGGGAGCCAAGAUUGGCCAGAACGUUUGCAUCGACCCGGCCACGCGCCUGGGCGAGUUCGACUUGAUUGAGAUCGGCAACAACUGCGCCUUUGACCAUUCCAUCGUUCGCCCCUUCACCAUGGAGACGGGAAGAAUGGUUCUCAACUCGAUCAAGAUUGGGAGCGAUUGCGUCAUCAACAUCAAAACCGUGGUUGCCCCUGGACACAUUAUCCCCAAGAACCACGUCAUGCCCCCGCUCAGCUCCUCAUACGAGCUCGGCGACGCAUCCGCCUCCUACGAAGGGCUCUGCCGGACCCGCUCCAACCACACGCCCGACAUCCUGUGGAAGAUGCUCCUCGGCUGGCCUCUACUGCUAAUCAUCGAGCUGAUCUCGAUGGUUCCGUGGCUCUGUGUGCUCUACUUGCUGAUCCAGCAGCCCUUCUUUGCCCAGAGCGGGCCCAACACCACGCGCCUGAGCCAGCUGCUGCACUACUUUUCGAACCCCGUCCGGAUCGGCUACCAUUUCUUGGUUUUGAUCACCCGGAAUCAGAUCUCGCCGUUUGUGCGGCUCUUUAUGAGCAUAUUGGUCAAGAGGCUCAUCAUCGGCAAGUUCCGCCCCGGCCGCAUCGACAGCACGUCCUACAAUCUCUUCCGCCACUGGUUUAUGAAGAAGGUCUUUGGCGACGGAUCGCUCUGCGGCGUCUACCAGCUCAUCGGACGCCACUACGAGCUCACCAGCAUGAUCUAUCGUGCACUCGGCGCCAAAAUCGGCUAUCGCAUCUACUGGCCCGGAACGCCGCUCCUGCUGUACGAGUUUGACCUCUUCCAUGUCGGGCAUGAUGUCGUCUUUGGAUCCAGAAGCCACAUCUUGAUCACCAAUGCGCACGAGUCGCAGCCCAUCUCGAUCGACGAUGGUGCCAUGGUGGCAGACCGCUGCGUGCUGCUGCCUGGCACCCAAGUCGGCCGUGAGUGCGUGCUCGGCUCGGGCGCACUCACCGAGGCCGGCUUUGAGUAUCCCCCCGGCUCAGUGUGGAUCGGCUCGCAGGGCGGCCGAGCUGUUCUGUGGGACAGCAGCUCGCAGAGCUACAACCCCGACUCGAGCACCCUGACCCCCUUCGGCAAGGCCUUUUACUACAAGGAAGCCGAGUUCAAUGUCCUCCCGCUCUGGUUCUGCGUGCUGUACAUUUUCGUCUUCAAGGCCAUCGCCACAACGUAUUGGGCAUGUGUGGUUACCGGCUCCAUCGUGCUGUCGAGCUGGAUCAGUACGCUGGCUGCCGAGCAACUCGGAUACUACAGCGAUGCCUAUGCAAUCCUGCUCGUGGCCGCGCUUGUCCUUGGCAUCUUCAGCGUCCUGUCCUUUGGGGCUCUGUGCAUCGAAGUGGCAGCCAAAUGGAUCGUCUUUGGCCGCCGCAAGCCCGGACGAUACGACUGGGACACCUCAUCCUACUGCCAGCGGUGGCAAGUGGCCAUCGCAGUCCACGCCAUCGGCGACGACAUUGUCGAGUACAUCCGCGGCUCUUGGUACAUUGUUGCCUACUUCCGGGCCAUGGGAUGCAAGAUUGGUCGACGGGUAUGCCUGUACCCCACCGGCGGCGAUCCCAUGAUGACCGAGCCCGACCUGGUGCGCAUCGGCGACGACGUCUGUAUCGACAUUGCCAGUGUCGUCUGCCACAUCAACAGCCGCGGACGGUUCUCCCUCAACCCACUGGUGAUCGGAAGCGGUAGCGUCCUGCGAACCGAGACCCGUCUGCUCUCCGGCGCCGAGAUGGAAAACGAUGUGACGCUGCUGGAGCACACACUUGUUGUGAGCGGCGAGAUUGUCGAAGAGCACACCCUGUGGCAGGGAUGGCCGGCUUCGCCCUAUGUCGAGCCGACCCAGCCGAGCGACAAGGAGCCCACCGUGACGAUCAAGGUCGAAAGCGAUGUCAGCGUCGAGAUCGAUGUCGAGACCGAUGUCGAGACUGAUGUCGAAACCAGUGUCGAAGGCGGCCGCCACCAUCUGGCUCCUCCCUCGCAAGCCUGGAGAACACCCGGCUCCCGCGUCUCGGCCUUUGCCGAGGGCGACUUCCGCGUCGAUAGCACUUCGUUCCGACGAUAUGCCGAUCACCGUCGCUCGGUCUGCAGUCGACGCUCGCGGAUCAUUUCAUACUACGAGCCGCCUGUCCGCGAGUAAACGUAGCUGGGCCCUUCUCUGCUCCCCUCAUCCCACAUCCAUGUUCGCUCACAACGCCCAUACCAUUAUCACCAUCAUCAUAUUUAGCACCACUCACCAUCAGCAGCGCAUCAUCGCCAUCGGCACCAC